AUGUAUGCCAAGUUACUGUUACAGAGGAACAACACAAAAACGCCAAGCGUUAGUAGACAUCCAAGCACAAGUCAAUAUAUUUUCAAACCAAGUUUAAAUUCUCUGAUUCGACAAGGAGUUCUGUCGCGGAAAAAUCGCUUCGUCCAACUUUUCCCUCAAGCAAGGACUUCCACUGGUACGUUAGAAUAUCAUAUUUUCAACGAAAUGCAGCUUUACUUGGCAUUAUCGCAAAACGAAACUAGAAGCUCUUUGUAGUUUUAAUGAGCUAAAUCGGAUCGAGCAAGAAGAUUUUAACCAGACCCACAUAGUAAAGUUGUUUAUGUACCAACCAUGUGGUACUAUCACGAGAAAAGAGUCGUGAAAACAAUUUUAAAGCAUAGUAUUCAGUUUCUUUUAGCUUUUUCCGUUUUUCAGUGUUCAAAAUGUGGGUCGAAAAACUGGAAGCAGGAAAUAUGAUGGGAGGAGGAGAACAGGGUGUAGUUUCUAUUUCGUCACUUUGAGAACAUUCGCGCUUUCUCGUCAGGAAAGCGGAAGAUAUCCGCGGCAAAUAAUUGAUCCUUUCUUAUUUCAGAAGUAACGAGUGCAGCGAGGUAUUUUAUGAUUUUCCAGCUCGCUUCUCAGUUUAAGGAGGCUCCAUAGGAUUUCUUGACCGCUAUAUAUCUGUGUGAGAACAUAGCGCGAGCUUUGUAAGUGUCAACGUGCAAAACAAUCAUGGCGGCGAGAUAUGAUCGCACGAUUGCUAUCUGAAAAGGUGUGUCAAGAACAGUUGAACACUUUAAUGUUUUUAUGUCAUGGAAUCUAGGGUUGCCAGCAACUGCACUCCUAAUAUUCAUAGACCUUCUUCGCCUGAAAAAGAAGUCAACCGAAAAGAAAACACUGUGGGAAAGAUUACCAAAAGGCGACAGAUUCGAAAGUUUAAUCAUGCUCAGAUACAGAUCUUGGCAAAGUGCUAUUCCAUUACGUAAUGUUUUGCGACAAAGGAAGUAAGGAUCUUUCGAGCAAGAUUUAUCGCGUUUCCUUCGGUGGAAUUUCGUAAGAUUUGCUGAAUCGUUAAACAUAUUUGUGCGCUUCCUAGUGCCUGCUUUAACUAUAAAUUCAUAAGACCAAAUUUGAGAUAGAGGAAGAAAACACAAAACUGCAAAUAACGAGCGAACUACCUCUGUAACCCCUAUUUUUUCUGCUUUUCAAUGAUCGGCAAAGCAAAUUUCACUUAUUGUUAAAAUUUUGAGAGAUUUCACCGAAGCAAACUGAAGAAAAACAAAGGCAGAGCCAAAUUAUCACUGGCGAGCGCCUUCCUUCUUGGAGCCUUAACUUAGUAACGAAAUUCAUAUUGAUGAUAUUUACUACAGAAAACGAUAGUCCGAAACUCGCUUAUCGCUUUUUGAUGGCUUUUAGUUACCUUGAAAAGAAAAAAACAAAACAUUUCCAAGAGAAACAUUACAGUUGCGCGCGCGCCAACACUGUGCAAAAACCCCAUAGAGCCUCUUAAGUCAGCAACUUUACGAUCUAUUCUCAUCAAUCUUCCUAGAUUACGCAGGUCUACUCGUCUUCAGUUUUAAAACAAGCUUCCCUUAUUACAAAUCCUGAUAUAAAAUAAAGGUUCCUACAAAGAUGAAAAAAUUGAAAAGAAAAAUUGAUAGUAAAACUUAAGAAAAGUAGAAAAGUGGAGGUUGUAUCAAGUCGUAUAAAAAAGUGAGACGCUAUAACCAAGUUAUUUAUAUCUCCACCUCUAAUGAUUUUCGCGUUUACCAAGAACUGAAAAAACUCAAUUCACCAACCUAUGUCGAAAGGGAACAAAAUUAUUUCAUUUCUUUUUAAAGCGGGGGGCGAUGAGAAAAAUACAAAAAGAAUAUCAACUAAAUAAAGGGAGCAAUGAUUGAUUUAUCACCAAAUUCUCUUGGCAAAAGUUAUGUGAAAAGUGUGGUAGCCAGUGAAGAGAUUUGAUGUUUAGAUCUGUUAAGUAAAAUUGUUAAAAUUAUUGCCAUUAACGUUCCCUCUUGAAAGUAUCUUUUUUACUCCUUCAAGGAAUCGUUUGAAUUUGACAUCCGAGCUAUGGGGAAAAUCGUUAAGGGCGUGGUUUUUGUGUUGUGUUAAAAACUUGUUUAAUAUGCUGGCCCAGAAUGUAGGUAUUUAUUUUCUGAUUGGCGCGUGCGUGAGCUUCCCAAUUAACAAUUUAUCCGAUGCUUUGCUCCGAAAUCGCAAAAUCAGAAAAUGUGGCUUUUUUUUGUUGCAUCUGCACUUAGGAAUCGAAAGUGCUAACUUUGUAGUCGAGCAAAUCCUUUCAGGCAAAAUUUUAGUCGAGUGAAAAUGUGUCAAGGAUAACUAAUUAUAGCAUAUUAAGGAGAUCAGCAAACAUUUUUCCAUAUUUUCACAUACUUUUUACUAAUUCUGGUUUGGUGAAUUCUCAUGUAAUCAUUAGAAACAGCAUGAGGACCCCUUCCUCAGGUGUGACCAACGCCUUUAUUUUCUCGAGCCUAGGAUUCUUUUCUUUUGAAUUAUUCGGAGAAGUUAGUGGCUGAUCGCGUAAUUUAUUUCCCUCAACGACGAAAGUAAGAAAAAAUUCAUCAAAAAAAAAUAAACAAAAACAAAACGACUUGCUUACGUAGUUCGUGACCUCUCAUGACUCGAUGCACGCGACGAGAUGCACGUGCGCCUUUGGCCUCGUUAUGAGGUAGUCGUCGUUCAUCUCUCUGACUCCUUUCCAAGCCCCUUUUGAUAUAAAUUGCUUCUCACGGUGGGGACUAAACACUUCAAUGGCAAAAUGGCGUCGAGACGGUUGUUGUUUGCUAAGGUUAUCGUGAGAAGAAAAAAACGCAGGAAAGUUUGUAAGAUUUGGCUACUUUAGUGGUCAUGUCUUCUUCAAAUCUGCCAAUGGGCAAAGUGUAUAGAACUGUGGGAACGUAACAACUUAUGAGGCCAGGAAAAGGAAUUUAAAAGGUGAGGAUUACCAAGUUUUGUUUGUUGUUGAUGAUCGUGCACGCAACAGAAACUUGGAAAAUCUUGCCCGUGUUUGAAACCAAGUUGUCUCUUUUACCGAUACACGUUAAUACUUACUUAAUGUACACGAUUUUGUAUUUUGUGCGAAAGUUCAGGGCUUUAAUAUCGCAAAUAUGAAAUAUGGCGUUAAACCUUUCUAUGAAGCUUGAGAGGGGUUUUGUCACCCAAACUGUAAAACAAUUGUACUUCUGCAUUUUCUCUGAGUGGGCUGUUUAUUUAUUUACCGUUCUCAGAAGAAUCUUAUAUGGGUGCUUAAAGACUUAGAUAAGAGUGAUGACCUUGUUACUGUAAAUUCACCGAAAUCCAUGGCUUGUAUUUUUUGUGACGUCCGCAAACAUCACCAAACGUUGAAUUGCUUUUGUGACAAUUUUCUGGAGUGUAAAGUCACUUAAAAACCGUCAAUUGUUUGUGAAUCCUAAAUUGAAUUGGUGAAGUGUACAUGUUCUCUGGCACGGGCCGUUUGUUUUCAAGGGGUCCUUCCGAUUGUCAUUAGUCCGUGAUGUUCAGAAUACUUUGAGCAAGAGUGGUUUAAACUCACUUACGAGACUAUCAUCCUCAGACUAUCUGAGAAAAGCUACAGAGCAGCAUGAACCUCGGCUUUCUUCGUAUUUCUCAAGUUUCUAGCCUUGGAAUUUAAAUCAAGUUAACUUUGGACAGGAAAACUUCACUGUAUUCCUCACAUCUUAAAAUCCGAACGAAAACAAAUUUAACAUUCCUCACUCAUUACCAUAUGCAUGCCGUUGCUAACGAAAUCGUCUAAGAAACCUUGAGAUUUUUUUCUUGUUUCGUCACGUACUUGGGUAGUUAAUCGUUUUAUUUUACUGUGGAUAUUAAGAAAUUAAGAUUACACAUGAUUUUUAUAAAAAUUGAGUAAUAAUGGCCACAACAUCAAGCCAAGGUUAAAUGGAAAUAUUCCAAACGUGUGGGAAGCAGGAUAGAGUAUCGAACAAGUUUUCCUGAAAACAAAUUAUAAAUACAACGUCACAAUAUACUUUUUUACGAGAAACGUGUCGAAUGUCACUUCUUCGCAAAGAAAAACAGGCCUCUAAAAAUGAAAAGUAUGGAAAAUUUGCGCUCUCUGCGGAAAACUUAUUGGUAACUUUCCUUCCUGCCGCACGCGUGCACGUAGUCACAUCACUGAACGGAACUACUUGUUAGUCAAGUAUAUUUCCUCUCCUUGUAAUCGUGACGACAUGAACGUUUCCUCAAGUGUAUAUAAACUCAAAUUGCAUCCAGUUCAUUUAAAGGCUAUACAGACAUCGACGUGUAUACCAAGCUUCGACUACAGAGGAAUAGGUUUAAAGAUUAAGUGAAAUGGGUUCUUGUAGAGGAGGUGUGAUUUUGAGACGUAAUCCGUUAUGCGAGAGACAAGAAUUAAACUGGAAAAAUUGUUCUGCAUUUACACAUCUUCCAGCCAGGAUAUUUUACGGUACGUUAAAUACACUCUCUCAUUAUUAUAUUUUGGUACUUGUGUUCUUGUCAGAACGAGACAAAUUACCUCUCGCCUUUUGUGGUCAUUUCAAGAGGAAACUGAGGGAAAUUCGGUAUGAAAGAAGUUUAUAUAAUUUCCAGUAUUGAUCAGAUAUAAAUCAGUGUUCGAGAUCAUUUGGCUGUAUUCAUACGAACGGACUACAUCAAAAAAUUAGCUAUAAAAUACUCCUCUUUCACCGGUGAUCGUUGAAAUUAUCUCGCGAGUUUGAAACAAACUGAUCGACUUUGACAAAUGAGAAAAGUUUAGACCCAGCUAUAGUAGUACACAAAGAGUCACUUGUAUAUCGUAAAUUCUGACGAGUUUCAUAUAGAACUUUCCAUGUUAUCAAAGUUCAGUCCAAUUCCUGUAUCAAAGUUUAACUCUUUCGUAAACAUGGACUUCGUUUACUUUCGUCUCUCUCAGCAAGAAGUCGCGUUCUAAUACGUCCAUCUCGUUGUUCAUUUUGUAUCGACUAUGAUCAUCUGCACGAUUGUAAAACAACACGUAGAAAUAAGACGGCAUGCAAAAGAUGAAUUGAUUCUUGAAGUUUUUGAUGCAAGCUGGAAAGAGACUCGUUCCUCAAUUUUGUCAAUACUUCGAUCGUGAAGUUCUCAUUACGAGAAUAUUGCAGGGAUUGAUCCAUUGAAUUGUAGUCUGAGUGUAUUGUUUGCGAAGUUUUGGGAAGGUCCCUGCUAAAAUUGCGAUAGUCACAUUCAGUUUCUCUCAUUACAUGGGUUGAUUCGAAAAUACAAGUCCGCAAAAUGUUGCGAGUUAUUUCUGGUAAAUGUGAGCUUUUGAAGUGAAAUAAUGAAUCAUUUCACUUCUCUAUGGAUCAGUGUUUCAGUUUAGAUUGCUUAAUAACGAUAAUUUGGACGAGUCGUACUGGUUUUCGCUGAAUUUACCAACUGUCCUUUGUGUUUUAACUUGUUAUUAAGAAAUUUGGCGAUUACAGUAAAGGGUUGUGCAACAUGGGCAUCCUAUUAGUAUGAGACACAGCCUUUUCUCGGCGCAUUAAAUUUACCGUGGCAUAUGUGUCAUGACCUGAUUGUCGCAUUUAGCUUGCAACGACGCACGGAGAUAGCCCCCUAAAAGCCAUAGAAAACGUGUCUGACUUUCCGUUUCGAGGAGAGCUUUUAAAGGAUUUCUUGAAAUCGGGUCUCAUCUGACCAAUUCGUUUUCUUUUUGCCCUUAAACUCAUAGAGUUCCUUGAUGGCAAGCCUCCAUCUUUCUCGGCCCAGAUCGUGUUGAUGAUUCAUAGGCGGACUCUGCUUGUUAAAUGACUUAUCGAAGCUAUUGUAACGCAAAAUCAUGACUCCAAACUGAUCCCGCCUCUAGAGAAGCUUUAGAAAUAUUUCUAGAGCUCGAGUCGACCAACAUUGUAUUUGGAUUAUCUUUCAGUGAUAACUGCAUUUGAACGGAACGCGCGCCUCUCCCAACACAAACACGUAGCGAACGAAUGGAUCUAAGAGACCAUAAAAUCAACACUAGUGAACACUGCGUUCAUCGUGAAUAUAUCUCGGUUAAGUUGUGAGGUCGGUUCAGUGAAUGGGUUUCAUUGGAUUAUUGCUUCGGUGUCGGCUUUAGGGAACAUUUUCGCGCAGUGCGAUAUAUGGACAGAAAAGACAUGAAGCGAUAUUAUAUCGACUUUCCUUACCCCGCGAGUUAAUAUGGAAAAUCUUUUUACCCCAAGGAAGAGGCCUGGUAUUUUGUGCAAGGCUCUCUGCACAAUGAAGUCGAUUAAAAAGAAAAAACUUCCAUCGUAACUUGCUUGGAAGCGGGAGACCAUAAAACCUCCUCCGACUCGUCCUCAAACACAGAACAAGAAUAGAUUGCCGUUCCCUUUUAUUACGUAUUUUGUUUAGUGGGAGUUAUUUGGUGGCCGCUUUAUGGCAAAAAACACGAUUUUCGUUCACGACAUUUUCAUUCUACACUUCGGUAAGGGAAAACGAUGAAAAACAAGGAGAGAACGCAGCAGCCUGCACCGACAUUGUGUAGACUUUUCUUCAUUAUAUCAACCUGUCGUUUCUACUCAGAGAUCUCAUGUAUUCCGAAUUGCCUCUUGUGGUCGGCUUUUGAAAAAACUUUCUUAUUGACUGAUGAGUUAGUAACUUAGUAUAUAUCUCGUGAAUUUUUCAGUCUUUUGAAAUGUCUGAAGUCUUGCAAGAGCAGCAGUUAAAUCGCCCAUCCCGUUAGGGUAGCCUGGACAGUACCGGGACGGGACGGGACGGGACGGGGUGUAACAGGCGCCCAUCGGAACCAACCAGAUUUCAGGCUAACAGGGUAAUUUAACAUUAUCAACUGAGUUGAUAAUGUAAAUUGGUCACCUCUCUGACGAAGGGCAAACGCUCGAAACGUUAGGUUUGAAACUCUUUACGGUGGCCAAUUUACGUUAUCAACCCACUUGAUAAUACUUAAUUACCCUGUUAUACUCUCCCACCGACGCCGCACCACAUUUUCUUUAGAAACUCCCCCCCUUCAAUCAGAUUUCUCUUUGACAUGUCAAAUCCGUAGCGGUCACACUGAGGAAAAUAUUAAUUAGAACUAUUUUUAGAACAAGUUAAUGUAAUUUUAGAGCAGGGUCAAAGUGCCCUUGACAGAAGAGAUCAGCGGUGGGAUGUACUACGUGAAAACAAACUACUGUAGUUCUUUGCCCAGCACUCGUCUUUUAAGAUAAUAGUAAUUUUUUCGCCGUCAAAAAAAAAUAAAAACUGAAAAAAAAAAAUAUAUCACGCCAUUGGGGCAAAAGGUUACAAAAAUUUAUCAUAACAAUCAAACUUCCUGUUGUGAUUGCUGAUCUUUGAUUCAAAUUAGCGCCAAUGUCUUUGCGUGGGCGGGCAAUAAAAUCAGAAGACUAAUGUCCAUCUACUCUCGGUGAACCCGAAAAUUUCGUAGAGUAUUUUAACGAGCAUUCACUGCCCAAACAUCCAGUCACUAUCAAUGAUGGUCAGUAUCUCUUCUUUAUUAUGGAAAAUUACACAAAUUUCAUUGCGUAUUCAUGGCUUUUAACCUCGCGUGACUUUUUAUGUAUUGUUUACAUCGUGACGUAUUUGCAUUGCGUUCGAAUUUAGGGAAAUCGUUAUCAGACACGUACAGGCCAAGGGCGCUUGCACAACUCUCUCAUUUCUUAGCAAAAGAGCGGAUUCUCUCCAUCCUUUGAGCUUGAAGAGGCUAUCUUACUUUAAAGAAAAGCUUUCCUAAAUGGAUUUAUCUCCAAAUUAGGGCUUGUUCGAGAAACAUACAACGAAAACUCACGUUUUUUGAACCAACGCUCUGUUAUGAUCACGUGUUAUGGCUGUCUGUGUUUACACGUGACCUAGUGUGUGACAUGCAGCCGUAGAGAGUGACACCAUUGAGUUGAUUCUCCGAUCGAAUCUAAAUUUGUUUUGUUUCACUUUGUCAGGCUCGUUUCUCCGUAUGUCCUGCGUUAAAUCAAGUAACAGAAACAUGUUGUGCGAUCUGUGCAACGAGAAAGCAGUGACGAGAUGCCCAUAUUGUAAAACUGCUCAGUAUUGUGGCGCGGAACAUCGAAAGAGCGACUUUAAAUUACACAAGAAAAAAUGUAUGGGGUUGCCUUCAGUGGAAAAGGAACAACAGUUUAGGGAAAAUAGGUUAAAUGGGUACACCCCGAUGGACUUACUUCCAAACAGGUUUUUCGAGCGAGCGGAGUUUGUCGUGGAUACGUUGAGAAAACAAGGUUACUGUUAUCUAGACGAUUUUCAUGGUGAGGACAUUGCACUAAAAAUCCUCAGCGAAGUAAAGAACUUACAUCACAGAGAGAAGUUUACAGACGGAGAAUUAGUAUCUUCAAAUGGGAAUGGUAGUAUGUUAAACAAGAAAAUACGGGACGAUAAGAUAGCUUGGAUAGAUGGUAAAGAGGAAAAUUGCCAAGCCAUUUCGCAUCAUAUGACAACAGUGAAUACUUUGAUAAGAUUCUGCAAUGGACUUAUUGAAGAAUACGACAUAGAACACAGGACAAAGGUAAGAAUGAUAUCUCUGUAUACAGCACUUUGUUCGAACGCAAUUCAUUGCAGCGACGUUGUACACAUGUUAAACUUUUUAUGGAUUCGAUUGCCCAUAACACGAACAGUCAGAUACCAUGUUAAUCUCCCAGGCGUUUUUCCGCCUUACGCUGUAGUUAAUGAAGGAUUUGUGCUUUUAAUCCAUUAGAUACACUGCUGUUCUCGACUUUGUUCGAGAUUUUCGCGCCGAUUGAGAUCUAAAAGGGUGAAUUUUUAUAUUUUUUGCCGAGUCUAAGGCAUUCGUUUAAUGUCAUGCACCUAAUUUGAAUUUUCUUCAGAAGGAUGCAAUGGCCGUCUUCAUAUUUAGCUUCUGGCGCUCUACGUGCGUUCGAUCACGUACGUAUUCAUUGUUACACGUGACCAAAUUGAACAACUGAAGACAACAUUUGAAAAAAAUGAAUUUUCUCGAAAAGUGUGGUUCUUGUAAUCUCUGGCCAAGGGUCUCGUAGGCCCAACGACAUAUAAUCUCUUUACAGUAUCAUAAGCAAUAUACAUUUGAAAUUCUUUUGCCAAGGUCAAGGGUGUCGAGAUUUUAAUUACAGAGACAACAAACUGGCUGAACAAGUAUUUUGAAAAUUUUAACUGUAGAAAAUUUUUCAGAUUAAAACAUUUUGUUUUCCUUCAUGAUACAUGGAUCUUAACUGGAACUAUAGAUAUUUUAGUGUAAUUUUUUCCCUAAGGGUAUUUUCAUUUCUAUCACAAACUUACAACCUAUUGUUGUGGUACACUGCUACAGAUUGCAAUGGGAAAUUUUCAAAUUAAGAGACUUAAGUGUUCUCUAGUUAGUUUAACAUGCAUUUGAAUGUAAUGUAUCCAUUGAAAUUUCAUGGUGGUUAAAAAUUUUAAUUUUUCCCAUCUCUAACACUGGAAUAUGUUAUGUACAAUUUAUGGUACUAGGUACCAAUUAUGAACUCCAACUUGGGUGUGAAGUAAUGCAUGCUCUUCCCACCAGUUAGAGGUGUAGGGAUAACGGCAUAAAUAAUCUCCAGAAUCAUGCAGUCUAGGCCAAAACCUUUCCCAAGGAUUGCUGUUUUAUGGUCAUGAAUGAGAGGUUUUUGUGUUUGUUUUUGUUUUGAAACGUGAAUUGUCAUAUGUAAAAGUGAUGAAUUAUUUUGCAUACUUAUGUAAUAGCUGGAUUGUAACAUGCUCUGGACAAGUGCUACCUCCAGGAUGAUUAAUGAGUUUGAGCAUACCUUGUCGAUUUGUACCCAAGAUACAACAAUUUACAUGUAUGCCUGUAGACAGCUCAACAGUGAGAUCUCGUUUCUAUCACUCAGAAAGCUGUCAGGAUGGUUAGGCAUGACACUAUCCAACACUAGAAUUUUAUUUAGAAAAAGAAAAUUAUAGUUAAACUCUUCUGAAAAAUUUAGUCUAAAAUCAAGUUUUCUUACUGAAUAGGGGAGUAAUCUUGUUGACUCAAGUUCUAAUGCAUCAUCUUUCAGACCAUUCACAUGGAGUAUAAUCCAGUUAAUUCUAGAAAGAUAUUAGUUUCAAAGGAAACAUUUUUUUUUUUGCUGGGUCAUUGGGCAAGUGAAACACUUUGUUGACUAUCAACCAAUUGUGGAUAAACGGCUUAAGUUAGGUUUUAACAAGUGAUGUUUUGAGCACGAUCUCUUCAUUAGAAUAAGGGGUUUCAUCAGAACCUUGAGUUUUAGUCGCAAUGUAAUAAUUUUGAAAUUGCAUGGAUGAAUACACAUGUUGAAUAUUUCAUUCCACAAUUCUAAAAUGUAGUUGCUCAAGCAUGGACAAAGAAAUACUGAAGUGUGUUUUGGGUUAAUCACAACUGUUUCACACGUAUCAUGUGCAUGUACAAGUUGAAAAGCUUCCUCAACUACACAUAAAGCCAUUUCAAUUGAGAUCUGACUUGCUUUUUUUCUUCGUUCUUUUUUUUUUUCCACUCAAAGUAGCAAACACCAGUGCUUGUAGAUAUUCAGUCGUAGUUCCCUGACCUUUGUAGCGUUUACAUUACACCUCUGACUUGAAGACAUCGCAUAAAAAUUUCAAAAGGUUUUGUCAUACACGAUUUAAGAUUCACAUGUGGUUUGGUUCACAACUGAUAUUUUGAUUUUCAGGAUUUCUUUUGUGUAUGAAUGUGGAUUGUGUUCUAGAAAGCUCUUUGGAUUCAAUGAUGCGUUAAGGUUAUAAGAUCAAUUCAUUGAAUGGGAUAUCUACAGGAAAUUAGAAUCUUUGAAUUAAUCAGUUUCAACCCAAAAGUUGUGAACUUUCAUUGUUCUCCUUUUCAUGACGUCACUUGACUUUGACCCUGACACCCCAUAAAGCACUUGGGAAAGAAAAGCCAAACAGAUUGAAGAAACGUGACUAAACACGUGAGAGGAAGGAAACAAUGUGCCAACACUUUGAAGCAGAAGUCGCUUUAGAGGCCAUUCUCUAAAUUUGGGAACACAAUUUAAAAAAAAUGUCACAUUCACAAAAUUUGGGAAUGGGUUGCUUUACUUAAUUUAUCCUAAAUUAAUUGAACAUUCAGAAUUAUAGUUUAUAAGUAAAUAUGCAUGCAGCUUGUUUAAUAAAACACUAAGCGGAUCUAGUGCUUGAUCCAGUUGGAAAAGAAGAAGGGCAUCAAACAAACCCUGUUUGUUUUGACAUAUUUGUUACAAAUGAUGUUUGGUUUAAGCUGAUAAAUCUAUCUUGAAUGUGUAGUCUCAUUAACUUACCAUUCAUGUACUUUUUGUAAAGACUUCUGUAUUUUGGUUGAAUCCAAAAUGUAGUGCACUAUGUUAGAUCCUCUAGCUUUUGCUUAGGUGUAAGGUAACCAAAAAUGAAUUUCUCAAGAAAUCCUCAAGCGACAAAUGCUGCUGUUUUAACAUAAUAUUUCGUAGAAAAAUGAGCAUUUAAUCCUUGAUCAUGUUGAUCCCAACAUUUAUACAGCUAGUCUUUGUCAGGCGAAAAGGUUGCCUAUACCUUUCUUGGUUUCAUAUUUAGAAGGUUAUAGUAAUAUACUGAAGUCUGAACUUUAAGGGAAAUUUAGGUGGUAGGAUUGAAAAAUCUUAUGCUGUUGACCAAGGAAUAGUCAGCAGUUAUACCUACUAUUGAUCAUGUCCAUGGUAAUAUGAAAUUUCAUUUCAGAAUUAAUAGGAAAGUAAAAUUUACACAAAGAAGAAAAUUUAGUUACUACAGGUGCUAAAGCUUUUCCUUAUUAUCAUUGUGUUGACCAGAAUUUCUUUUCUUCCUUGCUGCAAGCAGGCAAUGGUGGCAUGCUAUCCUGGUCAGGGUACAUGUUACAAAAGACAUGUAGACAACCCCAAUAAAGAUGGACGCUGUAUAACAACACUGUACUAUUUAAACCCAGGAUGGACAGAGGAGGUUAGUAGCUUUUCUAUAAAUAUCAGUUCACCCUAUCUUGUCUGGAUUUUAUGUAAGCCUUACAGAAAACUCAGACAAGGAUAAAAAAAAAUACAUUUCAGAAAUGUAGUUUUGGGAGAACUGUGUAUAUUACCACCAGAAUAUUCUCCGUUUCUAAAUGAAAAAUGGCUGAGGCAAUUCAAAUCUAGUCAAAGAAAACUGCUCAACAAGGAAAAAAUUCUCUGAUAGGUGGUAUUUUAAUGAAUGCCCUCUCUUUUUUUGGCAAAUUAAAUUAGUUUUGUACAUAUUUUAGAUGGAUGUCUUGGCUAGUUUCUCCCUUAAGAUACAGUUGUUUACACUAUCGAUGACAGAAAAUGACCAUUUUGUUUUACAGAAAGGAGGUAUGCUAAAACUUUAUCCAGGAGGCAGUGAAGAGGCAGUGAAAAUUUUACCCAGACUAGACAGGUUACUCCUGUUUUGGUCAGAUCGCAGAAAUCCACAUGAAGUGGAACCCUCUCAUGACGUGAGGUUAGUUUACAACUCUUCCCUUUCUGGCACAUAUGAUAUAUACGCAAUUGUUUUUGUUGUAUCAAGGAUUCCAAACAAAUUUGUUGUCAAUGUUAUCAGCUGAAGUCAAAAAAAAAAAAAAAAAAACCCAAACACAGUUGAGGUUAUUGUCACAAUCCUUGGUACCACCGUUUUGGUUAUGAUUAUACUUUUCUUGAUGUUUAAUUACAAUUUUUGUCAUGGUCGUCCUUAUUAUUAUCAUUACUAUUAUUAUAAUCCUCUUCCUCAUUCCACCUUAUCACUUUUACUAGAGCACUGACACUACCUCUGCUUUUGCUCGUAAUCAUCCUCACAGUAUUUUCCUCCUCAUUCUAAUUCAUUGCCAUUUCGUAAUACCUAUUGUUCUUUUUAGUCUAAUUAGUCGUGUAACCUUGUCAGGGACAUUGACAAGGCCCAUGUAUCAUUUAAAUUUGAUUUAAGAAAGGGCAGAGUGUUUUGAUUUUAAUCAACCCUUUAACUCCCAAGAUCUCAUUAAUAAUUCUCCUUACUGUCUGCCAUACAGUUCUUGUGAUGUUAGUUUUGGGAAUUUGGUAUUGGAUCAACCAAUAAUCCUCUAACUGAUAUUUUUCUUUAUUCUCAUCAAUUGUCUGGUUGAUAUUGUAAUGAUAUCUAAGGAGAAAUUCUGUUUUGGUCACUCAUGGGAGUUAAAGGGUUAAAACACCAGAGAAUACUUACUACUAUUUCCUUUUUUUUGGCCUGUGUGUUUCAUUAAGGGGUCAGAAGUACCUUAUGUGCAUUUUUUGCUGAUCUUGAAUUUGUUUUGUAAAUAAUGAUUUUUUAUUUUCUUCUCCUUACAAGAUACGCUAUCACACUAUGGUAUUUUGAUAAAAAUGAAAGAGCUAGGUUUAGAAGUAAGUGAAUUUAUUAUUCUUUGAAGUACUAUACUUACAUAUAUGUUCAGGGUGAAUUAGUUCUUUGAGUAAAGUAUAUUACAUGUUCCUCUUCUCUGGCAAUUUAAGAUGAUAUGUUCAAAGGUACAUAUUGCAUGAUUCAGGAUUAUCUGUUUUCUGGAGGAUUAAACACAACUCUUUCAAUUUCUCAAAAAUAAUUCUUUUUUUUUAACUGUAGAAAAACAAGAAGAGGAGGAAAGGAAAAAAGCAAUUUUUAGCCGACAGGUACAAUACUUAAGUCAUGCUUUAACAAAUGGUCAUUUUAAAUUUUUAAAAUAUUAAUCUGAAGAGUACCCCGGUACUAAAUAAACUUCUUUACAGAAGAAGUACCCUUUUGACCCACAUAUAAAAUUCUCCUACAGAACAUCAGUAGGUUAAAGUCAAGCUCUCUCUCUUUUUUUUUUAGGAAAAUGGCAGCAACGAAGGAGGAGGCAAACAAGACCAGGAAAUUGCAGGAAGUAGUUGAGAUGUACAUGCUGUUAACUUGUGACAAGAAUUCUCAAUUGCAGUGAUUUAACUCUCCCAGUCUGGGUAAAAAAAAAUACUUUGAAGACUGAUGCUUAAAAGAUUUCCUUUGUGUACUUUAUUAGCCAAACUUAAUAUGUAACUGAUAAAAUGAGAAAGAAAGUAAUGCUGUAAGCUUUGUUUACUGUUCAUCAAUAGGCUGUUGUAGGCAUUCAGGUAGGAAAACUGGGCCAAAAUAUAAAUGGCAUGAUAGUAGUGACAGAGCAAUACAGAGGAAGGGUUGGGUCAUUCACUAUGCUACUCAACCCUUGUUUUGUUUUUGUUUACACUCCUUUUCUGCUCUUGUGCUGUUAACUCUUUAACUCCCAGUGCAGUGAUUAACAUGAAACUUCUCUCAGUGAUAUCCAUACAUUAUGAAUGAGAAUGAGUAAUGAGAAUAUUCAAACCUAUCAGGAAGAAGCUACUAUCUUGAUCUAGAACCAAGUUCUCAUAACUAAUUUACAAGGAAAUGUGUAGCAGUUAGAGGGGAGAAUUAACAAUCAGAUUUUGGGAGUUAAAGAGUUAACUAUCACACUUUGGUUUCCUACCUGAACAGUCUGCCUGGAACAGAGUUAGUGCUUUAAAAGAAUCUACCUCAAACAAUAAUGAAUCAGUUGUAUAAGUACUAGUAAUGUGUUAAGGUGGCUUUGAAAGGAGCUUUGAGAGGAAAGGUAAAUGCUUAACAUACAAAACAACAAGGGAAAAGUUAUAAUAUGUUGUUUUUGUGUUGAACAUGGAUAGCUUCUCAAUGUGAUGUUCUUUUUGCAUUUACUUCAUGUAAGAAGUCAAUUUCUGAGGCACCUUACAUUUUUGAAAUGUGAUACUUCUAAAUUUUUACAUCUGGUGGCACAUUAGAAUGUUUGUUCCACUGUGUACAAAAUUCUGUGUAACAGUUUUAUAGAAAUGUGAUCGUAGAAUUAUCUUAACUUACUGUAACUAGCUUUAAAGAUUCUGUUUCAGUUUUUUUGGAAUUCUUUUCUUAAUUGAGCCCUGAGGACCCUGCUUUUAUUUAUAUUACUAAAUCUUUUCAGAUGCAAAAUUAUGAAAUCCAACUUUUUCAUCUAAAAUGGCUCUUACUUAGUUUUGUAGCAUGAGAGAGAAUUGGCAUAACAUAUCAUUAACAUAUCAUUAACAUAUCAUUAACAUAUAUGACAUAUGUAAACUUCUUCACAAAAUAGAAACUGUUUAUGUGUUCAGAAAACUACCUGAAGUGAUUACAUUGUAAGUGAUGAGUCUGGUUCCCUGUUAGGAUACCUUUUUCACAUGAGGAAUCCAUUUUGUCAGCUUUGCUUAAAAUAAUUUCAGCAUUAAUUGACUGGUAAAAUCCUUAAAUUGUGUAAUAUUAUAUCAUACACAACCAGAUGGAUAUGCAAUUUAUUUGUUGCCAAUCUGCUGAACACACAAAACUGAUUCCUCUAUGUUUAAGAGGUGACCAAUCCCACCUACCAUUAAUUCAAAGCUUUUCAGUUGAUGGCAAAAGGUACAAAUAUAUAGCAUUACUAAUGGCUAUUUUACUGUGAGGCCCAAGAAAAAUAUCUUAACUUUAAAAAACAUACAGUCAUAUUCUUGGUUUAUAUAUAUAUCAGCAUGGUUAUCAUAAAUUGUUCUCACACUGUGAGGAUGAAAAAGUUGGAAUGGUAAAGGAAGUUUGACUGCAAGGUAGUGCUUGCCUAACAAAGAUUAAUGUUUAGAUUUAUAUCUGGGAUAGGUUAACAACAAUGCAUUUUAUGGUUUAGUUCCUAAAUGAGAAGAAAAACAGCAAUUUAAAAAGCCUUAAAUACUCAACACUUUAUUGUUGUUAAAUAUUUCCUAAUAUGCUUAAAGUAAGGAUGAAAAAUAUGUUGGUUUGAAUCAUAAGAGAGCUAAAUUUGCUGCUUUGGAAAUGUGAAUAUGUGCAUCUGUGUAUUGUUUGCAGAUUUGCCUGCUGUCUUAUCA